UCAAAACACAAAAGAUUCCAAAAGUCUUGUUUUUUGUUUGGUUACUUAUGGUUUAGGGGUUUCAUUGUUGGGAUUAAGGUUUUUCCUAUAUAAAUAAAUAGAUAUUCCCCACAAAAAUACGAAUACGUGUGUGUCCCUGUUCCUGUGCGCAUGCCUGUGUGCAUGUGUGCCUGUGCGUUUCCCUGUGCGUGUGCCUGUGGCCCAGGUUGAGCUGACCCACUGUGUGCCAUUACCUAGUGCCAUCUUCAUUGUUUGCUUUUGUUUUUUAAUUGUUUUCCCAGGCAAUCCUGUGUAUCUCUCAUGGUAUAGAAUGGCACCUAGAGCCCUGCUCUCACGCUGGCUUGCCUGCACUGUGAUAUCCGGCAUCUGCAUGUGUUGUGGUUUCGUGGUUGCUAAGGUUUUGGAGCGUGGUGAAACAGGCGGACCACAUAGGAUGUGCUAGAGGCUUGGCAGAGCGCAAGCUUGGCUGGAUUUCCAAUAUUCUGGGCUUUUCGGGACUACCGAGAGGAACGCCGUCAUGGGGAGAAAGAAGAUCCAGAUCACCAGGAUUAUGGAUGAGCGCAACAGGCAGGUGACAUUCACGAAGAGGAAGUUCGGCCUGAUGAAGAAGGCCUACGAGCUGAGCGUGCUCUGCGACUGCGAGAUCGCCCUCAUCAUCUUCAACAGCUCCAACAAGCUCUUCCAGUACGCCAGCACCGACAUGGACAAGGUGCUGCUGAAGUACACAGAGUACAACGAGCCGCACGAGAGCAGGACCAACUCUGACAUCGUGGAGGCCCUGAAUAAAAAGGAGCACAGAGGCUGUGACAGCCCUGACCCGGAUGCCUCCUAUGUCCUCACGCCUCACACUGAAGAGAAGUAUAAAAAGAUCAACGAGGAGUUUGACAAUAUGAUGAGGAGUCAUAAGAUGCCCGCCGCCCUGCCGCAGCAGAACUUCUCAAUGCACGUGGCUGUCCCGGUGACGAACCCCAGUCUGUCCUACAGUCCUGGUGGCUCCCUGGGUGAUACUGGGAUGCUCUCCCCGACACAGGGUUCUCUUCACAGGAGCGUCAUGUCCCCUGGUGCCCCCUCGAGGCCAUCCAGCACAGGGAGUGCAGGUAGCUUGUUGGUCACCACAGACCUCACAGCUCCCAAUGGCACUGGCUCCAGCCCUGUGGGAAAUGGCUUUGUCAGUUCGCGAGGAUCUCCCAGCCUCCAGGGAAGCUCCAGCGGAAACGGCCUGGGGAAGACCAUGCCUGCCAAAUCGCCCCCACCACCAGGGGGAGCCCUGGGGAUGGGCAGCCGAAAGCCAGAUCUGCGAGUGGUCAUCCCCCCACCCAACAAGAGCGCCAUGGCACCCCAGAACCCUCAGAGGAUAAGCAGCUCCCAGUCCACACAGUCCCUGGCCACACCGGUGGUGUCUGUGACCACACCCAGCCUGCCACCUCAGGGCCUGGUGUACUCUGCCAUGCCCACGGCGUACAAUCCUGAUUACUCCCUGAGCGGCAGCGAUCUCUCCUCUAUCCAAGGCUUCUGCUCACCCGCGGGCCUGUCCCUGGGCUCCAUGUCGUCAUGGCAGCAGAAUCAGCUGGGUGCAGUGGCACAAGGCGCUCUGACCCACCUGCCUCAAGGACCGGGCGGCUCUUCCAGCUCCAGUCAGAGUGUGAGCAUCAAGGCGGAGCCAGCAUCGCCCCCCCGCGACCGCACCACCCUGCCCGCCUUCCUGUCCCAGCCUCACCUGUCCUCACGCCAGGAAAUGGGCCGCUCACCCGCCGACAGCCUGAGUUCCUCUUGCAGCUCCUAUGACGGGAGCGACCGUGAAGACCCUCCCCGCGCUGACUUCCACCCCCCCCUGGGGCUGGGUCGGCCGGUGGCGGGAGCAGAGGACCAGGAGGGUCCGUCUGUCAAACGCAUGCGUGUCGAUGCCUGGGUAACAUAGGUCAGCCCAGUAUUCUUCAUCAUCAUCAUUAUCAUUAUUAUUCAUUUUUUUAUAUCAUUUUUGCAGGUGGGAAAUGUUCAUCCAAACACGUCCAAGUAUCUUUCUCACAUUAAAAAGAUGAGUCAGGCUACACACACAGAUUCAAACAAGAAUCAUCAGGUACUCCAGGCCAAUUUGCUGCCAGGUUUACACCAGUCCAGUCUUUAGGGGUGUGUCUACGGAAUAUAUUAGUGCUCGUAGUCACUGGUCUAGUCCAGCACUUGUACAGAAUACUAUUUUCACAAGAAUAAUAGGAAGUAAAAUGUCGCCCUCCGGUGGACAGGUCUUGCUUGCAGCACCAGCUACGCAGAUUACGAGUUCCAUGUUUCCCCGCCCCCCAAAUCCCGAUUGUCUUGGAAAUUGCGGAUACGUCUUGGUACCUGUCCGAGAAUCAGGUUGUGAGUUCGGGGGCUACACAACAUGUCAUGGGGCUACACACCCGUGAAUCUCUCAUGCCAGCCCAUCAGGCUAACCAGCAGCACACAAUGAACUUAGAUUUAAAAGAUAAAUAUAAAUGUCAGUUUAGCCUUUUAUUUUAAUUGUUAAUGCAAUUAAAUUGAAUUUAAAAAAAUCCAAACAUUUAUCAUGAAAAAUAACUUUGUGAAAAGUUUUUAGUUUAUUCAUUAUUAUUUUUAUUUCGCUUAAUGCAAAAAGACAGACAUGCAAGCAAGACCUAGAAAUGGUAACUAAAGCCAUGAACACUCGUUGUUCUGUUUGUAAAUUAGAUUUCGAGCCAAACUUUUGUCUUUGUUUUGUAUAUAGUAACUUUAAUAUAUAUAUAUCACCUUGGAGUAAGUACGUAUGUACUGUACCGUCACCAGAUUUAAGGAAAGAAGUAUAUUUUUGUGGAUUACCGCCGAGUUUACAGGCGAAGUCCUUACUAAUAAUUAGGUUAUUCACUGGUUAAUAUUUACUAUUUUGUUAAAUAUGCUGUACUUAUAAAUGAUUAUUGUGAAUAACCCAUGCUUUUUCCGGAGGCUAGUUUCCGGGUUUAAUUAGUGGUGAACGUUUGUCCUAAGAUAUUAGUAAUGACAGUGCUGUACGAUUAAACUUCACUGUAUCUUUUUGUGAAGGAGAAUUGUAAUGUCUUUGAAGUAUAAUUCCAGCAGAAACUGAGGAAUCUACUUAUAAUCCCAACGCGAAGGAUUGACCUACAGUUGCGGACUAUGCUGUCUGUUUUAAAAGAUUUCCAUGUGAAAUGUCAUAGAAAUAUAUCCUACCUAAAUGGAAUUUAAAGCAAAUAUCAAGGACACCAAUAAAACAUUUAUUGUGAGUUGA